AUCCAAACGAGCCACACCUUUGACCAUUUAGGUUAUAGUGUUACUACAGUACUUCUCGCGUGUUUGUUUCCCUAGAAAAUGAUCCAAAGCCCAAAACCCUUCAUCCUCUGGUUCUUCGAAACUCCCCACCAUGUUCCGAUCUCUCUCCCACAAACGCCACCUUCACCACCACCUCAAAACUCUCGCCGCCACCACUACCACCAUCAAACCCCCAUUCCACCCACCGCCCUUCUCCCCCAUCCGCACUCUCUCCACCACCGCCUCUCCUUCCAGCUCCACCGACGCCGAGCUUCGCAAGUACGUCGGUUACACCGCGCUCCUCCUCUUCUGUGGCGCGGCCACCUACUACUCCUUCCCUUUCGCCGAAAAUGCCAAGCACAAAAAGGCCCAGAUUUUCCGGUACGCUCCGUUGCCGGAUGACCUUCACACUGUGUCAAACUGGAGUGGGUCCAGUCCCGUCACUUCCACCAGCCUGAGAACCUUCAGCAGCUGGAGGAGUUGGUUAGACAGUCGAAUGAGAAGCGGAUGAAGAUCCGGCCUGUUGGGUCUGGUCUGUCCCCCAAUGGGGUCGGGCUGGCCAGGGGUGGGAUGGUGAAUUUGGCGUUGAUGGAUAAGGUGCUGGAGGUGGAUAAGGAGAGGAAGCAAGUGAGAGUGCAGGCAGGGAUAAGGGUGCAGGGGUUGGUGGAGGCAAUUAAGGAACAUGGGCUUACCAUGCAGAAUUUUGCUUCCAUAAGGGAGCAGCAGAUUGGUGGCAUUGUUCAGGUUGGUGCACAUGGUACCGGUGCUAGACUGCCUCCCAUUGAUGAACAGAUUGUUAGCAUGAAACUUGUUACCCCUGCAAAAGGAACAAUAGAGAUUUCAAAAGAGAAGGACCCUGAGCUAUUUUAUCUAGCUCACUGUGGUCUUGGGGGCCUUGCAGUCGUAGCUGAAGUGACCAUCCAAUGUGUUGAGAGGCAAGAGCUCGUGGAGCAUACAACUGUCUCAAAUUUGAAAGAGCUCAAGAAAAAUCACAAGUUGGUCUUUUAUGGGGGUAGGUCCAGUCAUCAUUCAACUUUCCAAAAGGGAGCAACUGAAAAGUGUCUAAAUAGAAUUUUUACAAGAAAGAUGCUGUCUGAGAAUAAGCAUGUCAAGUACCUGUGUAUUCCAUAUACAGACACUGUUGUGGUUGUAACAUGCAACCCUGUUUCCAAAUGGAGAGGUCCACCAAAAUUCAAGCCCAAAUAUAGUGAAGAUGAAGCUCUACAGCAUGUUCGUGAGCUCUACAGGGAAUCCCUUAAGAAGUACAGGUAUGUUUGUUGUCGUCAGUUAUUUGUCCAAGCUGUUAAAACUGGGAACAUGGAAAUGUUGAAAUAGAUAAAUGAGCUUUCAUUCACAGAAUUAAGAGAUAAACUUCUUGCUCUUGAUCCUCUCAACAAAGACCAUGUCAUAAAGGUAAACCAAGCGGAAGCUGAAUUCUGGAAGAAAUCAGAGGGAUAUCGAGUAGGAUGGAGUGAUGAAAUCUUGGGUUUUGAUUGUGGUGGACAACAAUGGGUAUCAGAGACCUGUUUUCCUGCUGGAACUCUUUCCAGGCCGAGCAUUAAAGAUCUUGAAUACACAGAAGAGCUGAAGAAACUCAUUGAGAAGGAAGAUACUCCUGCUCCUGCUCCUAUAGAACAGCGCUGGACAGCUCGUAGUCAGAGCCUUAUGAGUCCAGCCUCAAGCCCAGCAGAGGAUGACAUAUUCUCAUGGGUUGGUAUAAUAAUGUAUCUUCCUACAAUGGAUGCACAUCAGAGAAAGGAAAUAACCGAAGAAUUUUUCCACUAUAGGCAUCUGACACAAUCACAGUUGUGGAAUAAAUAUUUUGCUUACGAACAUUGGGCCAAGAUUGAGGUUCCAAGGGACAAAGAUGAACUUGAAGCUCUUCAAACCAGGCUGAAAAAGCAUUUUCCAGUAGAUGCAUAUAACAAAGCACGUAGGGAAUUGGAUCCCAACAGAAUCCUUUCUAAUAACAUGCUGGAAAAGCUGUUGCCAUUGUCGAAUACAGUUUGAAAGGCAACCUUGAUUGGUUAGUUUCUUACAUUUUAUGUUUAUGAACCUCAUGGAGUUUUAAAUGUGUACAACCACAAUUCCUUACGCUCUGUGCAGCUUCUGAAGGACAAAGGACUAAGCUCUCCAGGGUAAGCUGGAAAAGUGCUUCUGGGUAGCUGCAUAUGAUAGAACGUGUAAGGGAUGGAUGGGUUUCCAAACAGAACCCUCUAAUAAAAUGCUGGAAAAGCUGUAUUUUAUCUCGAACUGUUUGAGAAGCAUCUGGAUUGGUCAGUUUUCUUUAUUCUUUCGGAAUCUUGUGAAUUUAAUUGCAUAUGAUUUGUUGUUGCUUCAUCCAUUUAUUUGAAGCAUCUUUAGCCCUAAGAGCAUGUUAAAAUAACAUGGAAUAAGGGCAACAUGUAUUCUAAAUCUGUAUAUAAAUCAAAGCCAUGUUGCCUG